AGACAAAUUUGUAAAAUGGAGAAAGUAAAGGGGUCCUAGUGUCCAACAAAAAUAGAGAAUUCAUCCUCUGCCUAAACUGAAUCGAAAACAAAGGUCAACAAAAGUCCCUCCUCCUCCUCGUCUUCUUCUUCCUUGUCUCUGCAACAAUCUUAGAUUCAGAAAUUGGAUCCCCAUGUAAUCUCUGCUGGAUCUCUGAGAUUGAAAAACUUGGUGCGGAUUUGCUUUUCAUCCUCUCUCUCUCUCAAUUUAUAAAACAGCCUUUCUUGCUGACAGAGACAAGAAGUAGAGAGACAUUCCAAGUUCUUGUCUUUACUGUUGUUGUGUGUUGUGGGAGAAUGGGAGCACCAAAGCAGAAGUGGACAUCGCAAGAAGAAACAGCUCUUAAGGCUGGAGUUCUCAAACACGGCACUGGCAAAUGGCGCACCAUUCUCUCCGAUCCCGAGUUCACCUCUAUCCUCAAGUCUCGCUCCAAUGUCGAUCUCAAGGACAAAUGGAGAAACAUUAGUGUCACGGCUAUGUACGGAUCUAGGAAGAAGGCUAAGCUUGCUCUUAAAAGAACUCCUUCCUCUCAUGAUGAUGACAACGCUACUGCUCUUACCAUCGUCGCUAUCGCCAACGGAGCUCAACACAUUUCUCCUCUUCCUCCUGCACUUUCUUGUGCACCACCACGAGAUUUUGAAGGGCUCUUUUCAAGUGUGGAUAAGAUGAUAUUGGAGGCUAUUGCUAACUUUAACAGACAUUUGGGUCCUGAUGGAAAGUCCAUCUUGCUCUAUGUUGAGGAGAGACACAAUAUGCAACCUGAUAUGAAACGGCUUGUGACUUCAAGACUUAAGCAUUUGGUUAAUGUUGGAACUAUAGUUAAGAUAAAGCACAGAUACAGGAUUUGUCGGAACGCAGCGGAACAAAGCUCACCUCAACUCUUUUUGGAAGGAAACAAGGAGAGUGGUGUCCAACAACAUCUUACUAAUUCACAAGUAGAUGGAGAGCUGUUUAUGAUAAAGGGCAUGACAGCACAAGAAGCUGCAGCAGCAGCUGCAAGAGCAGUAGCAGAAGCAGAGUUUGCAAUAGCAGAAGCUGAAGAAGCGGCUAGAGAGGCUGAUGAAGCCGAAGCAGAAGCUGAAGCUGCACACAUUUUUGCCAAAGCUGCAAUCAAAGCUUUCAAGUAUAGGAUGCAAUGUAGUGAAGCCAGAUAAUGUCAAAGUUUGAAUCGCUGCAGUAAUUUUUGGGGGUUAGUAAAACGUGUAUAUUCUGCAGCUUGUAGCAUUGGUCCCUAACUCAAGAGAAGAUUAUUGUAAAACAUUUGUCCAUUGUUAUGUUGUUUAUCUCUUCUUUGUAGUAACCUCAUAGGUUUCUUGUAGAAACUGGUUUGAAGAGAAAUAUAUAAAGCCUUUGAUCAUCACCA